UCUCUCAUGGCUUCCUCUUCUUCUUCUUCCUCUCGGAGUUGGAGAUACAACGUCUUCCCUAGCUUCCACGGGCCAGACGUCCGUGUAACAUUUCUAAGUCAUUUACAAAAACAGUUUCAACACAAUGGGAUCAUAACUUUCAAUGAUGAAGGGAUCGAGAGAAGCCAAACCAUUAGUUCUGAACUCACACGGGCGAUAAGAGAAUCGAGAAUCUCGAUCGUGGUGCUCUCGGAGAACUAUGCUUCUUCAAGUUGGUGUUUGAACGAGCUGUUGGAAAUUUCGAAGUGUCAAGAAUCUGCGGGACAAAUAGUGAUGACCGUUUUCUACAAAGUGGAUCCAAGUGAUGUGAGGAAACAGAUGGGAGAGUUUGGGAAGGCUUUCAAGAAAACUUGCCAAGGUAAAACAGAGGCUAAGAUACAUAGAUGGACCCAAUCUUUGACCCAUGUCGCCAACAUAGCCGGAGAACACUCCCUGAAUUGGGACAAUGAAGCAAACAUGAUUGAGAAGAUUGCUAGAGAUGUGUCAGACAAACUAAAUGCUACAUUGUCUAAGGAUUUUGAUGGUAUGGUAGGACUUGAAGCUCAUUUGCGGAAAAUUCAAUAUUUGUUACAAUCAGAAACUGAUGAAGCUAUGACCUUAGGAAUCUCUGGUCCUGGGGGCAUUGGUAAAACUACCAUUGCGAGAGCUUUAUAUAACCAAAUUUCUCGCAAUUUUCCGCUUAGAUAUUUCAUGGAAAAUGUUAAGGGAAGUUAUAGGAAUAUUGAUUGUGAUGAGCAUGGUUCAAAGCUGCGUUUACAAGAACAACUUCUUUCGCAGAUUUUGAACCACAACGGAGUGAAGAUAUGUAACUUAGAUGUUAUAUAUGAAAGGUUACGCUGCCAAAAGGUUCUCAUCAUUCUUGAUGAUGUGGAUAGCCUUGAGCAAUUAGAUGCUUUGGCUAAGGAUAUCUAUCGUUUUGGUCAUGGAAGUAGGAUUAUUGUAACUACGAAAGAUCAAGAGCUUUUGCAACGGUAUGGCAUCAACAAUACAUACCAUGUGGGAUUUCCAUCUAAUGAAGAAGCUCUUGAGAUCUUUUGUAGAUAUGCUUUUAGGAGAAGCUCUCCACUUUAUGGUUUUGAAAAGCUUGCAAUAAGAGUAACAGAGCUUUGCAGUAAUCUUCCAUUAGGACUCCGUGUUGUGGGUUCAUCUUUACGCGGGAAAUGUGAGGAUGAAUGGAAAGUUAUAAUGAAUAGGCUAGAAACUAGUCUUGAUGGAGAUCUCGAGAGAGUGUUAAGAGUCGGAUACGAUAGUUUACAUGAGAAAGAUCAAGCUCUGUUUCUUCACAUCGCAAUCUUCUUCAACUACAAAGACGAAGAUUAUGUAAAAGCCAUACUCGGUGAGGAUAAUUUGGAUGUCGAACAUGGGUUGAGAAACCUAGUCAAUAGAUCUCUCAUAGACAUCUCUACCAAUGGAGAUAUAGUAAUGCACAAAUUACUACAACAAAUGGGUAGACAAGCCAUUCAUAGACAAGAACCUUGGAAACGCCAAAUCUUAAUUGAUGCUCAUGAGAUUUGUGAUGUCCUUGAAUAUGAUACAGGUACUAGAACCGUGGCUGGCAUAUCAUUUGAUGCAUCCAAUAUCAGCAAAGUGUUUGUAAGCGAAGGAGCUUUCAAGAGAAUGCGUAACCUUCAAUUCCUCAGUGUAAGCGAUGAAAAUGACAGAAUUUGCAUACCAGAGGACUUGCAGUUCCCACCUCGUCUAAAGUUACUACAUUGGGAGGCAUACCCGAGAAAGAGUCUUCCUAUUAGAUUUUAUCUGGAAAAUCUCGUUGAACUCGAUAUGCAGAAUAGCCAACUCGAGAAGCUCUGGAAAGGACCCCAGCUGCUUACAAAUCUCAAGAAGAUGGAUUUGUCGAUGUCCCGUCAUUUGAAAGAACUCCCAGAUCUUUCCAAUGCCACAAAUCUCAAGAGAUUGAAUUUAGAUGAUUGCGAGAGUUUGGUAGAGAUUCCCUCCUCUUUUUCAAAUCUUCACAAACUAAAAGUGUUGAGCAUGUUUGCCUGCACGAAGUUAGAAGUCAUUCCAACUCGCAUGAACUUGGCAUCUCUUGAAUCAGUCAAUAUGACGGCAUGCCAAAGAUUGAAAAACUUUCCAGACAUCUCUAGGAACAUCUUACAACUCUCUAUCUCACUCACAGCGGUAGAACAAGUGCCUGCAUCAAUUAGGCUUUGGUCUCGUCUUCGUGUUCUCAACAUAAUCAUAACCAGUAAUGGAAAGCUAAAGGCAUUAACACAUGUUCCCCAAAGUGUAAGGCAUCUAAUCCUAAGCUACACUGGUGUUGAGAGGAUUCCAUAUUGCAAGAAAAGUCUCCAUCGAUUACAACUUUAUCUAAACGGCAGCAGAAAACUCGCAGAUUCGCUUAGAAACGAUUGUGAACCAAUGGAGCAACUUAUUUGUCCUUACGACACUCCAUAUACACAACUCAAUUACACAAACUGCUUCAAACUGGACAGUAAAGUGCAACGAGCAAUCAUAACACAAUCGUUUGUUCAGGGAUGGGCUUGCUUACCCGGGAGAGAAGUGCCUGAAGAGUUCGAGCACCGAGCCAGAGGAAAUUCCUUGACCAUACGUCUGAUGGGUGACAUGCCUCUCACCAUUCUCAAGGUUUGCGUCGUGAUUUCCCCUAACCAGAAGACCAGAGAAUUCGAACAACUAUUGUGUCGUCGUAUGGGCAAAGGAAAUGCAUACCUUCCCAUUGACGAGAUCAGUGUCUACACAAUCCCCAGAAUCCAAAGAAAACAUUUGUUUCUGUUUCACUCCUACUUGUUUGAAGAAGAACGAUUCUGCGAAGUAACGAGCAGAGAGCUAGUGUUCGAAUUCAGUAGCGAACUCGAGAUUGUUGAAUGCGGUACCCAGAUCUGGAAGGAUGAAUCCGAAAUAAACAACAAUUGUGGAUACCAAACUGCAAAUGGUAAACCAGGAUUCAGUGAGGAAGAAGAUGGCGGCAAUAACCAGCAGGAUACAUAUGAAUUCAGCAAAGCUUCUGAAGAAGACGAAGUUGACAGUACUGUGGACAGAGAAUGUGAAUCUGAAUCCGUCGAAGCAUACGAAGAGAUGAAUCCGGCAAAACGCGCAAAGAGAUAAACCUGGCAAAGCAUAAGAAACCAUAGACCACUUUUUAUUAGAUGUUGAUAAUCCCUAGAGAUUAUUACUGAAACAUAUAUAUCGUUUCUCGAACAUAGCUAUGUGCCUGAAAAAAACUCAAGAUUUCAGUACUCUCGUCAGUUU